AUGGGUCGGCAGCCACCGCAGGUGCAGAAGCGCACCCGCGUGCUGCUUAGCUGCGCGCCGUGUCGCAGCUCGAAGCUCAAGUGCGAUCGCGCGACGCCGUGCGGCCAGUGCCUCCGGAAGGGCAAGCCGGACGUGUGCCUCUACGCGCCGCGGCCAGAGAAGAACCACCGUCCGGCCAAGAGCAUGGCCGCGAGGCUCAAGAGGCUCGAGGGGAUGGUUCGCAAGAUAAUCGAGCCGGACGGGUCCGGGCUCCCCGGGUCUUCGGACGAGACCGUCCCGGAACCGACAGCUGGACGUGUCAUCAUCCGGGGUCAUACCGGCGCUAGCUACAUUGGCGGCACCCACUUCAUGGCCAUCUUAGAGGAUAUUGAAGGCCUCAAAAGCUACUUCGAAAACUCGAGCGAGGACGGAGACGAGACUUCUGACCCGUACGAGAAUACCCAGCCUGGCGAGCUUAUGAUGUUCUCGCGCGGAGUACCUAGGAAUAAGAGCGAGUUAUUAUCUCUCCUUCCCGCAAAGCCGAUAGUUGACCACACCAUUCACGUUCCAACGUUCCUGAAGGAAUACAGAAAAUACAGCAAGAAUCUCGACGCGGCGCCGCUGCAUUGGAUAGCGCUGCUCUAUAUGAUACUGGCGCUUGGCGUGUUUUUCUCCAUGUUCCAGGCGCCGCACGAGCUGGAGAAUGACUCACCCGUGCCGGCAGCAGACAGGUUUAAGCAGCUCAGGGGCGCUGCCGGCUGGGCACUCGUCUGGGGCAAGUAUUCUCAACCGGGCCCUCACACGCUUCAGGCAUUCCUAUUGUACGUCGAAGGGGAGUUCGUCACGAAUCGGGACAACCAGAUGAAUAGCUACCUACUCUCGUCCAUCCUCAUCCGGCUCAUGCUGAAGAUGGGCCUGCAUCGCGAUCCGAGUCGACUGCCGAACAUCACCCCUUAUGACGGUGAGAUACGGAAACGGUUGUGGAACGUCGCCAUGCAGAUCGACCUGCUAGUUUCCUUCAAUACCGAUACGUCGCUCCCGACAAAUCUCGCCGAUAGCGACUUCGACGAGACCACCGAGGAGCUGCCGCCGGCUCGGCCCAACUCAGAUUACACACCACUCACCUACCCCAUCUAUAAGGCGGGGAUAGCGCGAGUAUUUGGCCUGGUCGUCCGGCAAGCACACUCUCUGACAGCCCCGACAUACACCGAAGUCACGAAAAUCGACACCCAGCUGGAAGAGGUGUGGAGUAGCGUGCCGGAUUUUAUGAGGGCGAAGCCCGUGGAGGAGUCCGUGAUGGAUCCGGCAAUAUUGGUCAUUCAGCGGCACGGCCUCGCGUCGUUAUAUCAGAAAAGCCGAUGCGUGCUCCACCGGCGUUACCUCGUCGAAGCCGUACAGAAGCGGGAGUUGGAUUACUCCCGCCGGGUGUGCCUAGACGCAGCACUCGCCCUGCUCGAAUACCAGAACAUGAUAUGCGAAUCUUGCAAGCCGGGCGGCAUGCUGAACUCGGGCGGCUGGUUCGUCGCGGCACUAGCCGCCAACGACUUCCUGCUAGGGGGCAUGGUCGUCGCCUUCGUGCUCGAAACAGACAAGUUCUGGGAGGUCGGCAGCGACUGCAACUGGAUAGCGCGUGGCCCGCAACUACCUACGAGAUCCGAGCUCUUACGGCGGCUACAGAGGUCACAUACCGUCUGGCGUUACAUGGCUGGCCACUUGUUGGAAUCGAAGAAAGCCGAGAUGGUCGUGCGGACAGUGCUUCGUAGGAUAGAGACGCAGCUGGGAGUCCGAGCCCCCGAAUCACAGCCGUCGAGCACCAGGACCAAUGGCAAUGGCGAGACGGUGUCGAUGGCAAACUUGGCGAUCGACGGCAGCGGCUCUUCGACGACGUCUAACAACGACGAGCCACCUAUCGAGAGCCUCGCCGGCUUUGGCGGGGUCGGACCGAACACGAAUGCGACGAUCGAUGGUAUAGACCAGAUCGGGUCGGGCGUCCCCUGGAUGACGCAGGAUGGCUACGACUGGGUGAGUUCUUUCCGCCAAUUUCCCAACCCCCUCCCCCCUUAA